AUGGAGUUGAAUACCGUCUUUGUGGUCUACGCGGCCCUCCAGUUCAUCGCGUUCGUCUUUGUGGUGGUGGGGACGCCGAUCGACAUGUUUCGCGUCAAACCGAUGUUUCGGGAGGGUACUGUGCCAUGCUUGACUUUAUGGGGAGGGAAGUUUCACUGUUUCGAUCUCUCGUACGAUUUCAGACCUGAGUAUGUGUUUGUGAACUGUACAAACCGCCUGAUGCGUUUCCGAGUUGCUGAGGCGUUCGCUAUCAUCUCCAUCUUUCUGUACGGCGCGGCGUUCGUCCUGGGCGUCCUCAUGCUGCUCUGCUGCCCUCUCUUACGCUGGAUAUGCCUGGGGCUCAACAUUGUUGGUGCCGUCACCUUGGGCGUUGUCUGGGCUUCCAUGUCGGUGGCCUACACUGUCGAUGAGAUGAACUGCUCAAUGUUGAGUUUUGAGUUUCAUUAUGGUGCCGGCUUCGCUCUCUUCGUGGCAGCCUGGGUGCUGGAUAUAAUUAACAUCUUUGUCGUGGUGCUGUCAAUCUGCACUACGGCUUCCGCUGAAAGUGGCCAGGUGGAACACAAGGAGUGA